AGAAUUUUUUCGCCCACACCUUUUUUCAUCACCAUGCCAAAGCGAUCGAAUGGAGCGGCUUCGCCGGCUGUCGCUGAGGUUGACUCUCGGUUUGCCAAGCUGAGCCAGAUGCUUGCCGAAGAGCGCGGUCAUGGAUCCGCGAGCUCACCAAAGCCAAAGCAAAAUCUCAUGGUGAAGCAGCCAGUACAGCAAGGCAAAGGGCGCAGUCCGACCAUCACUGCCAGCAAGUCGACCGGCUCUGACAAUGACGACGACGACGACGACGACAUUGACGAAGACGAGUUCGAGGACGACGAUGAGGACGACCAGUUUGAGGACGAGGACGAGGACGAGCUGUCACACGUGGAGGAUGAUGACCAAGCCGAGGAUGACCAAGACGACCAAGACCAAGAAGACGACGACAAUGAUCAUGAUCAGGAUGGCGACGGCGAUGGCGAUGGCGAGGAGGAGCUCGCGGAAGUCAGCGGAAAGAAGCACGACAAGAAGCGACCAGUGAUUGAAGCCACUUCGGUCGAAUCGUUCAACGAGAAGGUCGCAAAGUCGGGCGUCCUGUACUUGAGCAGGGUGCCGCCGCAUAUGAAGCCAGACAAGAUCCGCCACUUGCUGCAAAUUUAUGGAGCUAUCGGGCGCGUCUUUCUGCAGCCAGAAGAUCCCGAGGCGAGAAAGCGCCGUAUCAAGAAAGGCGGCAACAAAAAGAAGAACUUUUCCGAAGGUUGGAUUGAGUUUGCCGACAAGGGUGUCGCCAAGUCUGUUGCUGCCUCGCUCAAUGGCACUAUGAUUGGCGGCAAAAAGUCAUCCUUCUAUCAUGACGAUUUGUGGCUGCUCAAGUACCUGCCCAAGUUCAAGUGGCACCAUUUGACGGAACAAAUCGCGUACGAGAACGCAGUACGAGACCAACGCCUCCGCACGGAACUCGCCCAGUCGAAACGCGAAAACAACUUUUUCAUGGAGAAUGUCGACAAAUCCAAAAAGAUUCGCGAGGUCGAGAGCCGCAAGUUUGCCAAGAAGCGUCAAGCUGAUGAUGGAGAAGAUGACGCACCUUCUGCCGUGCACACAAGCAAGAAAUCUCGCUCGGAAGCAGACGAUAUUCAAGCUCAUCUGGCCGCUGCUCCGAUCGUCCGCACAUUCAGGCAAAAGCAAGCAGUGCCAGAGCCCGAAGAGCGCACCCGCGCAAUGGAUCAUUCUGUUCUUGCUCGUGUCUUUUCCAAUGGCAAAUCCGCCUCACCGGCUACUACUAAGCGAUAGUCUGAGCUUUUUCUGUUGAUGGCUUGAGCAAAAUACAGCGCUAUCACCCCCAGACCUACCCCCAGACCUGGCAGUAAAUUGAACAAACUCCAACCAAGCCACGAUCAGCUGGCGUCUUGU